AUGGCAGCUGAUGCAUCCAACCAGGCACAACGUGUCGCAUCAGUCAACAUGGAAGACAUUGCGCAGGAGGUGCAAUUGUUGUCGGAGAAGACCCUCCGAGAUAUCGCCAAAGGACCGCUGGUGAAAUUUACGCUGGCAAAUCAAGACACCGAAAAAGUGACAAAGGUGUGGCAAUCUUUGAUCCAAACGCUAUCAACAGCUUCUCUGUCGCCUGGACAUUCCGCGGAGGCAUGCAAUGCGACUUCUGCAUUCAUCGAUGCUGCUAUCAAGUCCAAAUCCGAGGAAACUAAGAAGCUGGCAUUGUCGCAAGAGCUCUGGUUGUCAGUCUUUGACAUCUGCUUGAAUCGGUAUGAAGAUGCCAAACCGAAGCCUAUCAAACUCAUUCUAUCUUCAAUCACCGCUGUCUUGGCAAAGAGCCAUCAGGGCACAUCAAGAAAAGCAAUCCAAACUGCAAUAAUCGAUGCAGUAAUUCCUAGUAUCGUGCUUGGGGAGCCUCAAUCCCGCCUCAAGGGAUGCUUGGUGUUCCUAGACUCUUUUAUCAGAAGAGAUGCCAUUUUGCCCAGCGAAUUUAUCCCGCUACUUCGUGAAUGGCUCUCGGCGAAUAAGGAAAGAUGGGUUUCUUCCUUUAGCAAAGACCAUGAAACUUUAUCUCUUGGUACAACCGAGACCACCUUGGACAGCGUAUCUGGCAACCUGUCUGACGAAUUGGCCGCCAAAAUAUUCGUCCUGGGGCUUUUGGUCCAAACCAACAACAAAACAAUGGCAGUUCCAGCCGGAAACCUAUUGGCAGUUCUGAUCCAAAAGAUGAAGCCUGAAACACCCACACAGAAGCUAUCAGAAAUGUGGGUGGCCCCAGCCAGACACCUGGUUUUGGAAAAUGUGGAUACUUUGGAAGAUCUCUCCAGCAGACUUCUACAGCCACUGUUCACCGUUGAUUCCAACGGCUUCAAGGCCUUCCUUGAGACUCUCCCGGUAAAGAGUCUUCUCGAGGGAGACAUGACCGAUGCGCCUGAGGCAGAAUACAUGGUUCUGUUCACUGCACUGCAAAUCGGAAAAAAGAUCAACUUGGUUCAUGAAGAUUACAUCUUCGAUUCGGGUAAACUGAAGAUUGAAAACAACGAUAUUCUGAUCCUGAAGAGUGAGAUCAUCGGCAAGUUCUUGCUUCAUCGUGAAUCUAGCAUCCGCAUUGCGGCCCUAUCUCUUCUGAUUACAACAUCCUCCUCAAUCAAGCCAUUCACGGUCGGGGCAACCAAAGCCAUUCUGAAAGGGCUUCCUUCCAUGCAUGCCGAGUCUGAGGCAUAUGCCCGUGGUGAAAUUCUGAGCAUGAUGCGCAAAUUCAUUGUCCGCCUCAAAGGUGGUAUCGUGAGAGAGGAAGAUGCCGGCUUGAAGAUCCAGAAAUCCACCGGCAAGCCAGCUGCAGGUCACGCUCGAAACGAAACCGAGACAAAGGAGUUCUUGAAAGCAUACCUUGAUUUGUUACAACACGACUUGCCUCUCGGGGCAUCAUACGCGCGGCAUAUUACAGCUCUCAAGUCCCUGAAGCUUUUAAUUGACUCUGGUCUUGACCCACGCACAAACAUCAAGCUGCAAAAGUCUGAGAUGGAAAAUCUUUGGAAAGUUCGAGUUGAAGUUUUUGAUGCUCGUCUACUCCGACUACUCAUCGAUCUCUUGUUGGAUCCAUUUGAGGAGGUUAGACAAACAUCUCUCACCAUCUUGAACCUUUGCCCGAGAGAGGUUCUGCUUGAAUGCUCGCAAAACACGACAAACGUAGGUAUGCGACUGACAGAUGCACUGUCACGAGCAGAGAAUUUGGCAAGCAACACGAGCAGGGCUGAUCACGCCGAUACUGUUGCUCGGCUUUAUCAUCUCAUUUUCUGCUCUGCAUUACCCGGAAACUCCGCCCAAGGAGCCUCAGACUGGUGGUCAACCAAGGCCAAGGUUGUGGACACGAUUUUGACUAAGCUGGAGGAACGUCUGCUGGGUGCAAAGAGCUUGUUCAACUCUGUAAUGCGCGAGGCGCCGCUGCAUGGGUACACGUCGGGGUUGAGAUAUAUUGUCCUGAUGCCAAAUUUCCACACAUUAAUCUCCGAUGAUUCGGAAUCCACCGCGUGGAGAUCGGUUCAUGGACGCAUUGAUGCCAUAUGCGAUAGGAUCUGGCAAGAGGCCAAGCCUUUACUCUGCAUCGAUUCACCGGAGGGUCACUCAGACGAGCCUCUGGAAGAUUUGGACGUGGGACCCAAAGACGCUCUUUCAUACUCGUGGAGAUCUCUUCGUGAAUCAAGCAUCCUGCUACACGCAACUCUAUUGAAUCCGAGCUAUGGCCCAAGCGGAACUUCCGGGCUCAACCGCACCGACUUUGCGAAAAUUGGGGGAGCCAGCUUUACACAGCUUGCUGAGCUUCGACACCGUGGUGCUUUCACCAAUGUUUCCCAGACUUUCGCGACUUGUUGCCAACGUUGCAGUGCCUCAAAAGACCCAGCGAUCCGUGAACUUACACGCGGUUGGUACCAAGAAGCCAAGUCAACCAUCUUCGGUUCGGCUUCCAAGCUAACUCGUCGCUCUGCCGGUAUACCUGCAAUGGUCACCGGUAUCGUUGGAUCUGAUCCCGGAACCCCAUUCUUUAAAGAAGCAUUGGAUGAACUACAUGAAAUCUCGUACCUUCCCGUGGAAUACGAUAAGGAACGACAGUACUUGGAGCUGCCUCAAGUUCACGCAAUGAACUGUCUUAAGGACAUUUUCACCAACAACAAACUUGGUCCAUACACGGAGUCAUUCAUCAUGAAGGCGUUGACUUUAUCCGCAGACCGUCUGGGUUCACCGAUUUGGGCGCUUCGCAAUUCUGGCCUCAUGCUGUUCCGUGCGCUCCUGACCAAGAUGUGUCGAGUUAUUCCAGGUGCCGGGCCUGGAUUUGGAGGAGCAUCUGGAUCCGAACCGGGCGCUCGAAUUACAUUUCCAAAGUAUCCAGGCCUCCUUGAGUUGCUCUCCGGUCUUUUGACAACAACACAAGGCGAAGCAGCUGAGGGCACUGAUAUCAUCACUGAACGAGUGUUCCCUGCGUUGGAGUUAGUCGGUGACAAAGUCCCCAGCCUGGAUGAUUCCACCGACGAGAUGCUUCGCGGGUUGGUUUUGCCGCACUUGAGCAGUCCUGUUUGGGGUGUCAGAGAACACGCUGCCCGCGUAUAUGCGUCUUUGCUUACUCGACAAUCUAUCCCAGAGGCCCUCCGCCGCCUCGCAGUUCUUCCAGAAACUCCCACUGAGAAUUACAUCCAUGGUGUGGCCUUAACUGUGCGUUAUGCCCUUCGCCGUUAUGCGGCCACAACCGACGACUUCUGGAUGGGCCAUAUCGAUGGUCUUUUCGAGACUUUACGUGCUUUAUUGGGUGUCCUCUUCACUGCUGGGAAGUCGCCCACAGUUGCAACUGAGCUAGUUGAAAUCCUCAACGCCACGCUUGAACGAGCUAUUCAAGCGCACGGUGAAGAAAAAGUCUCUCCUUUCAUUAGCGAGAUGUUUGAAGCCCAUGACUUGAAUGGUAUCCUGAGCUUUACAUUUGACACUUCUUACCCUGGUUGGAAUCUAUCGAGCGCCACUCGAGCAUGCGCCCUGCUCAGAAGAGCGCUUGCUUGGUGCUGUGUGCUGAAAAUGCUGACCUCACAGAAAUGGGAGCAGCUCCCAGUUUUCUACCAAGGAGUCUCCCAAUUUGACGCCGAUGUCGCUCGUUGGGUCUCAGAACAACUCCAUGAAACCAUUGGGGAAGAUGAAAGAUAUAGAAAACCACUUUAUGAGCUAUAUUCCUCUGUGAUCUUGGGAUCUGCAAAGCCAGACGUGAAGACAAUGGCUGCAUCGAAUUUAGCCUCUAUCUUGGAAAAUCUGCUGUCCUCCCAGCCUGAGACCCUAUCAACCUUAGGUCUCCCCUGGGAAGCCAUCUUGAAUGCUUUCAAACCCGAGAAAGAAAUUGAAACCUGGAACCGAGAAGCAACCGACGCCGAACUUCGCCUUCGUGGCUGCUUACUGGCAAUUCGCACCAUUGUGAACCCCCAGCACGCACCGUCGACCUUUGAGACCGAUGUUCAGAACUUGACCAUUAAGCUUCGCUCAGCCCUGAGCGAGGAAACGGAAUUCACUACCCGUUUUGCUGCAGUCACAUCUGUGAGCAGUCUCGCUCGGGCUAUCCGACCGGCAAGGAAUCAACCAUGCACAUCGGCCGUCCUGUUGGACGUGUAUCUGAUCCUAUAUGAUUUGCUUAACGACGACGACGAUGAGAUUCGUGACGUUGCAGCAUCAACCGCCUCGUGGGUGCUGUCACACUCUUCCGUCUCUCCUGAUACCGAUGUCACUCUGGCACCCCUGAAUGCUAGUGCUCUCCUGGCCGACUUCAUCAUCCAUAGUUAUACUACAUCUCCCGUUCUUGGUAGACGAUGCGUGCUGUAUCUUACUGGCCAAGAGCCUAGGAUCAGUGGGUCAGACGAACCGAAGCGUCUUGUUCCUGUGUCGGACUUGGUCACGGAGUAUCGGCAAGACAGCACUGUACUGUUUGAGGAGGAGAAGCAGAACCUUUUCAUUGAUAAUGUUCGCGAGGUCGAAGUGUGGUCUCGUGCUCUGGUGCAGUUACAACAGUCAGCCUAUAUAGAUUCCCCUGUGCGCGAAGUAUCAACCUGGGCCCAUGAAGGUUUGGCUUACCUGACAUCUCUUGUCGGCCCUAGCGCUGAACCAGAUGGUCUCCUGGGUUGGGCUUCCAAGCCCGAGAUCUUGAGCUUGGGAUUCCGUGUCAUUGCUAUUGCAUCUGCUUUGGACCCCAGGGAGACUCGAGGAUCGCUUACCCGCUUAUUGGAACUAGGCCAAGAGGUAUCACUCCACGGUCGUUGGCUCGAUAUGCUUUCUAGCGCACUUGAGUGA